GACCCCUUUCGCGCCCGGCCUCGCGGCGGCGGCGGCGGCGGCGGCGGCGGCGGCGGCGACGGCGGCGACGACGACUCGGCAGCGCUCCGCCGCGUCCCCGAGUCCCGGGAGUCAGGCGCGGCGCGGCAGGGGCAGCCUUCCACCACGGAGAGCCCAGCUGUCAGCUGCCUCACGGGAAGAUGCUGUGUGGACCGGGCAGCACGGGUAUGCGUGUGGCCACUGCCCUGGGAGUGCUGUGGUUCUGCCUCGCAGGCGCCGCAGUGGAAGUCCGGAUCCCUGAAGACCCCGUGGUGGCCCUCGUGGGCACUGACGCCACCCUGCACGCGUCCCUGAGGCUGCAGCGCGUGCGCGUGGCUGAUGAGGGCAGCUUCACCUGCUUCGUGAGCAUCCGGGACUUCGGCAGCGCCGCGGUCAGCCUGCAGGUGGCAGCCCCCUACUCAAAGCCCAGCAUGACCCUAGAGCCCAACAAGGACCUGCGGCCCGGGGACACGGUGACCAUCACGUGCUCCAGCUACCGGGGCUACCCCGAGGCCGAAGUGUUCUGGCAGGAUGGGCAGGGUGCGCCCUUGACUGGCAACGUAACCACAUCGCAGAUGGCUAACGAGCAGGGCUUGUUCGACGUGCGCAGUGUCCUGAGGGUGGUGUUGGGCGCUAAUGGCACCUACAGCUGCCUGGUGCGCAACCCCGUGCUGCAGCAGGACGCUCAUGGCUCUGUCACCAUCACAGGGCAGCCCAUGACAUUCCCCCCUGAGGCCCUGUGGGUGACCGUGGGGCUCUCUGUCUGUCUCGUCGCACUGUUGGUGGCCCUGGCCUUCGUGUGCUGGAGAAAGAUCAAACAGAGCUGUGAGGAAGAGAAUGCAGGCGCUGAGGACCAGGAUGGGGAUGGAGAAGGAUCUAAGACGGCCCUGCGGCCUCUGAAACACUCUGAAAGCAAAGAAGCUUUCAUAGUUACUUUGAAGUCCACGUGCUCACUGGUGACAGCUUCAACACACAUUCUGAGAACCUGAAGCUGGCCAGGUUGCAGAGCAAGCUCAGCCUCCUUGGGUGACCACGCUGAGGGCUUUGGUGACCGGGGAGUCACGGCCAGGGUGCUGAUUUCCUUGGUAUCUCCAUCCAGGCUGCCCUUCUGAGUGUCCACUGCAGCUGGAACGAUCUGGGUCAGCCCUACAAGACAAUGUGCUGGUGGCCAGGGACUCCAGACCUGGGGCAUUUGUGGAGUGGGCUUGGCAAUACUGGGAGAGGAGCCCAUUUUGCUCUGUCUGGAGGAUGGGUGAUGAGGGAGAAGGGGACAGAGGUGAUUGACGGA